UUUCCCCUGGCCUGGGCAGUGCAGCCGGGGCAUCCAGAGCCAACCAUUGGGCCAGCCGGACGGAUCCCCCAGGCAGUCUCAGACCAGGAGCUUUUCCAGGGUGGGAGGCGUUGGUGCCCAGGCAGGUGCUCAAGGAGAGAAGAGGGAAGCAGCCCAGGACCCCCAGCCCCCUUGGGCUCAGCGUCCCCCAGGAGCCGAGCACUGUGCCGAGAGGGCGGCCCAGAAGCUCCUGCUCCAUGCAGAGCUGAAGCAAGUUUUACAGAAGAAAGGAGAGAGGCAGGCUGUAUCGGAGGCUCUGGCCUCGACCUCGGCAGGCACUAUGGAGGCCAGAAGUCGGAGCGCUGAGGAGCUCAGAAGGUCUGAGCUGGUGGAGAUCAUUGUGGAGACUGAGGCUGAGACGGGGGUCAGUGGCAUCAAUGUGGCAGGUGGGGGCAAGGAAGGGAUCUUCAUCAAGGAGUUGCUCAAGGACUCACCAGCAGCCAAGACUCUCAGCUUGCAGGAAGGGGACCAGCUGCUCAGCGCCCGGGUCUUUUUUGACAAUUUCAAGUACGAAGAUGCCCUGCGUUUGCUAGAGUGUGCCGAGCCCUAUAAGGUCUCCUUCUGCCUCAAGAGGACCGUGCCCACCGGGGACCUGGCCCUACGCCCCGGCACCAGAGCAGGCUACGAGAUCAAGGGCCCCCGGGCCAAGGUGGCCAAGCUGAACAUCCAGAGCCUGUCCCCAGUGAAGAAGAAGAAGGUCCUAGCUGUGCCUGGGGCCCCGGGGAUCCCCUCAGAUCUGGCCCCUGUUGAUGUUGAGUUCUCCUUCCCCAAGUUUUCAAGGCUGCGACGGGCCAAGGCCGACGUGGCUCCGGGGCCCCCGCUGCCCGCCCCUACCCGUCGACGCUUGCGUCUCCCCCGCCUGCGGGUCAGGGAAGUGGCUGGUCCCGUCCCAACUGCUGAGCCGGGGGUCCGGGUAUCUCACCUGGCCGCCAUUCCCUUCCUUGGGAGCAGGAAGGCCAAGGUGGAGGGUACCCUGGCUGGAGAGGAAGCGCCCUUCGGGGCCCAUUUUGUGACCCCCCAGCUAGAGCUGGUUGUGCCUCAGAGGGCUGGUGCUGAGGUGGUGGCUGAAGCUGCAGAGCCUUCGGGCACUGGAUUUGGCCUCCAUCUGCCCACAUUUGGCCUGACAGCCCCAGGAGCCCCUGGGCCCGAGGUGGCCCCAGGGGGGAUCCAGGUGCCCCAGGUGGAGCUGCCUAGCCUCACCCAGUUGCCUUGCCUGGAGGCCAGAGAAGGUGGGGCCAUCCCAGCACCGACCCUCGAUGUAUCUGUGCCAUCCAUGGAGGUGGACCUCGCCCUGCCCAGAGCAGAGGCUGAAGUCCGGGGAGAAGGGCCUGAGGUCGCUUUAAAGGUGCCCUGGCUCACCUUUCCCCGCUUUGGCGCUCGGGGGAAGGAAGGGGCAGGGCCUGACGGUGAGGGGAAAGUCGGCAAAAGAAUAAGGGCCAGUCCCGAGGCCAGGGCCAAGGGACCCAAGCUGCGGAUGCCCACUUUUGGGCUCUCUCUGCUGGAGUCGAGGCCAGCUGCACCCGAACCCACUGUAGAGGGCAAGCUGAAACUGCCCACCCUCAAGAUGCCUUCUUUUGGCAUUGGGGUAUCUGGGGCUGAAGUUAAGCUGCCCAAGGGCCCAGAGGGGAAGCUGCCAAAAGGUCCUGAGGUCAAGUUGCCAAAGGGGGCAGAUGUACAGCUCCCCAAAGUACCAGAGAUGAAGCUACCCAAGGGACCGGAGGUGUCCAUCCCAGAGGUGCACCUCCCAGAGGUCCAGCUCCCAAAGGUGCCUGAGAUGAAGCUGCCUGAGAUGAAGCUGCCCAAGGUCCCAGACAUGUCUAUCCCAGAGGUGCACCUCCCAGAGGUCCAGCUCCCAAAGGUGCCCGAGAUGAAGCUGCCUGAGAUGAAGCUGCCCAAGGUCCCAGACAUGUCUAUCCCAGAGGUGCACCUCCCAGAGGUCCAGCUCCCAAAGGUGCCCGAGAUGAAGCUGCCUGAGAUGAAGCUGCCCAAGGUCUCAGACAUGUCUAUCCCGGAGGUGCACCUCCCAGAGGUCCAGCUCCCAAAGGUGCCCGAGAUGAAGCUGCCUGAGAUGAAGCUGCCCAAGGUCCCAGACAUGUCUAUCCCGGAGGUGCACCUCCCAGAGGUCCAGCUCCCAAAGGUGCCUGAGAUGAAGCUGCCCAAGGUCCCAGAUAUGUCUAUCCCGGAGGUGCACCUCCUAGAGGUCCAGCUCCCAAAGGUACCCGAGAUGAAGCUGCCUGAGAUGAAGCUGCCCAAGGUCCCAGACAUGUCUAUCCCGGAGGUGCACCUCCCAGAGGUCCAGCUCCCAAAGGUGCCUGAGAUGAAGCUGCCCAAGGGGCCAGACAUGUCCAUCCCGGAGGUGCACCUCCCAGAGGUCCAGCUCCCAAAGGUGCCCGAGAUGAAGCUGCCUGAGAUGAAGCUGCCCAAGGUCCCAGACAUGUCUAUCCCGGAGGUGCACCUUCCAGAAGUGCAGCUCCCCAAAGUGCCGGAGAUGCAAAUGCCCAAGAUGCCAGAAAUGCACCUUCCUAAGAUGCCUGAGAUGAAGUUGCCCAGAGGUUCAGAGGUGCAGGCACCCAAGGCUCCAGAUGUGCGACUUCCUAGAGAACGUGGGGCAGAGCGGACUGAGGGCCUGGACUUUGGCUUUAGAUUGCCCAAGAUGUCCAUACCCAAGUUGGGACGGGUGGGAUCUCCUCCCCGAGCCAAGGUUGGGGUGGUGAGCCUUGAAGUCUCAGGGCGUGGGGAGCCAUUGGCCAGCCUCGAGCCAGGGGCCAAGGGGCCUGAGGCCCGGCUCAGCUUCCCCUCUGUUACACUGCCCUCCGUGGAACUGGAGCUGCCCAGUGCUGGGCUCCAAGGUCUCCCUACGGGUGAGGAGCUGGGCAAGGCGGGUCCACCAAAGGGAGCUGCCCCCACAUCUAAGCUUCCUGCAGAGCCUUCUGGGAUCUCCCUUGGUACAGUGGAGGUAGGGGAGGCUGGGUUCAAGAUGCCCAGCCUGGUGCUGCCUGCUGUUGAGAUAGUUGCCCCAAAGCUUCCUGAAGGAGAGGCAGAGGGGAAGCUGGAAGUGUCUGAGCCCAAACUCAAGUCUCCCAAGUUCUCCCUGCCUAAGUUUGGGCUUUCAGGCCCCAAAAUGGGCAAGGGGGAAGGGGACAGUGAAGGGGGUGUACGUGGGGCCAAGCUGAAAACAUCCAAGUUUGGCAUCACCUUCCCCAAGGUCAGAACAGGUGUUGAGACGGAAACCAAAGAAUCUGGGGAGGGCCUUCAGCUGCCUGCCUUCGGGGUUUCUGUCCCCCAACUUAGCCUGGAUGUCCAGUUGCCCACAGGCAAGUUGGAGGUGCCUGGUGAACUGCCCGAUGUCAAGCUCAAGAGCCCCAAGUUUGCUUUGCCCAGGUUUGGGGCCAAGGGCAAAGAUAUGGAGGCCGGAGAGACGGCGGUGGGGGAAGGAGAAGCAGAAAGCAAAGGUCGGGGAUGGGAGGCUAAGGUGAAGAUGCCCAAGUUUAAGAUACCCUCAUUCGGGCUGGCACGGGGAAGAGAAGUGGAAGACGGAGACCAGAGUAGUCUUGAGGAAAAACUCCACAUGGGGCACGCUGUCUUAAAAAUACCCCAAGUGGAGCUGCCCACAUUGGUGGCACAGGGAGAGGGAAGAGGGGAGGUGGAGAUGGAGAUGGCAAGGACAGAGGUCAAGCUGCCUGUUGUUCAGAUCUCAGUGCCAGGGCUAGCAAGUGGGGCAGAGCAGGUGGGCAUGGAAGUCUCUGAGGAUGCCAGGGGCUACAAGGGUGAGCUGACGGUGCCCACAAUGGGGAUCACAGUGCCCCAGGUAGAACUAACUGGUUUUAGUGGGGUUGGGGAAGGGACGAGGUCCGAAGAGCGAGCCUUCCAGGGGCAGAGGGAAGGGAUGACUGUGGCAACUGAGGGUGGUGCGGGCUUCCGGGUACAGCUGCCUCAGGUGGACUUGUCUCUCCCGAGAGCCCAAAUAGAGGGAGGGGAGAUGCUUGUGGGAGAGGGGGUGUUCAAGAUGCCCGAUGUGGCUGUGCCCCAGCUGGAGUUAGAUGUGGGACUCAGUCACAAGACAGAGGGCAUCAAGGAUGCUCUGGUAAGGGGUGAGACUCGGGCAGUGGCUGAAGGCACAGGAGAGGGGAAGUUCCGGUUGAAGAUGCCCACUCUCAAGGGCAGUGGGGAGGGGAAGAGUCAGCCUCUAUGCCCACCUGGAGCAGCCCUUGACCAUACCUUCCACCUCUCCCUUCCAGACGUGGGCUUCACGGUAGAGCCAGGUGCUGGGAAGGCAGGCACACCCCCAGAAGGGGGCAAGCAACGCUCCUGGAUGCCCGAGGUGGAACUCUCCCCACCCCCCAUGGGCAGCCAUGCCGAGUACCAGGUGGCUGGGGAUGGGCUGGAAGGCGAGGCUGGGCGCAGACCCAAGAUCAAACUGCCUCGAUUUGGACUCUUGCUAGGGAAAGAAGAGGGAGAUGAUGUGGAGAAAGCCAAAGGAAAGAAGGUGGCAAAGGGGGCAGGCAAGGAGGAGACUAGGGAAGGAGAUGCAAAAGUCUCCCCUGGGUUGGGCAAAUCUACCCUCUUGUCUUGGGGUGGUUCUGGGGAGGGGGCUGGGGAGGCUGGUGGCCGGGUCAGGAGUCCUAAGCUAAGACUGCCUAAAGUGGGCUUUGCCAAGGGUGAAGCACCCAGCACCAAUGGGACCAGCUCCCCAGGUGAGGAGACGGGAGCGGCAGCUGCCCUACACAAUGGUGCGUCCACAGGCCGCCUUGGACGAGUGUGCCUGCCCCAAGUGGAACUUGCUUCCCCCUACAGAGGCCCAGAGCAGGACCCUGAGUUGAGUCGGGGCCUGGUUGGGGUGGAUAUCGGGCCCUUUGCUGCCUUGCGGACCGCUCGUUUCCGCUCACCCUUCUCUGGUCGCUCUAAAGAGGAAGGGGAGUCUGGUGGGACUGAGGGGUCCCAGAGGUCCCCUGGAGAUAAGUCCCCCAAAUUCCAUUUCCCGAAGGUGUCACUGAGCCCCAAGGCACAGGGGGCAGCCAAGGGAGCGCUGAGCGAGGAGGAGGGAACAUUCAGGGUCCGGCUGCCCAAAGUAGGCUUCUCGGAGACAGAAACUGACGGGGAGCCAACCCCUCUAGGCACUGCCAAGAUGGAGGGGGGCCAAACGGCAGCCGUCUAGGUUCUUCUGGGGAGGUAGCAGCGUCUUCCCUUUUCUCUCCCUACAACUCUGCGUGUGUGUUAGAUACUAGCACUAACCCAAUGAGGCCUGAGAGGCGGGGGCAACCCACGAACCACCAGGCACCAGCUUCUGCUGUCCCCUGCUCGGGCUGCAUGCUCCUCAAAGGAAACAUCUGUGUAAUGGCCAAGAGCCAACCGGUAUGAAUAAAAUAACCCCAAGUCCGGCA